UUUGUUACGAAUUGUAUGCGUAUAGAGAUGGGAACUCGCGUUUAAAAAUAACAAUUAAUUUUUUUUUCGUCGAUUGCACGUUGAUCCAUUAUUUUUAAGACAACCCCCGUAUUUUAUACCGAGUUGUACAUGUAAAGAGAUGGGAACUCGUGUUUAAAAAUAACAGUUAUUUUUUUUUUGUUCACAGGUAUAAUAUUCGACGGAUUUCCGAAUACAAUUUCUGAAGUUAGACAUUUGUCGUACGUCGGUUUAGUACCGCAAUUAGUGAUCGAUCUACAAGCGACGAAACGACAAAUGUUCGAAUGUUUAGGAAACGAUAAGGGACGAAGAGGUUUCCCCAGAUACAGUAUACGUUUCGUUAAUCAUUUAUACAAAGGUUACAAGGAAAAUACGGAAACGUUCAAACCAUGGUUCGAUAGAGAAUACCAAGUAACGACGAAAAUUUCGAUAGAUACUUGCAAUUGGUCGGUUUGGUCGCAAGCCAACAAAGUUAUAACGUCGGUUUUAUUCGAAAUCAAACAUUAUUUCACGCACUGCCACCAAGAUUGGCCGUUGAGGUUAUGUAACAUGCAAGUAACUCCCCUGGAGUUUUUGGAAAGGCAAAGUUCGUACAAAACUUUUUGUCCUUGUUGUUUGCACUUCAGUAAUAUGCUUACGAGCGGCGGCGACGUUCCCGAUAGAACCGGUUUGGUGCAAUGGAGACAAUACUACUAUUGGUUAUGUCCCGAGCACGUGGAAACGUUUCUAAAAACUCCCGAAGCUUUUUUACCACCGUACGGAGCUAACGCGCUCCCUCUGUACUUACCGACGAGUUUACACCUCAAGUUAUUCCCGCCGAAUCUAUUCGAAGACGGCACCUGCGUGGUUUGUUACAAAAUCAAAACCGUUAUAGUGAAAGGGGUGUUGAAAUACGCGGUCGGCUACAAUAACAAAACUUAUUUGUUCGAUAGCCGAGAAUGCUUGGAGGAAUUCAUGAAAAGACCGACGCAUUAUUCGUUCGAUAUCAGAUUCAAACCGCCGGAGAAUUAUCCUAGUUUGGAGUACGGCGAACUUCCCGUAUUGGGAAUGCUCGAGCAGUACGUCGCCAAGGACCUGAUUACCGCCGUUAAAUAUAUAUCGAGGAGGAGACCGGUCGUACCGGGUCUGAGCGUUUCUACGUCGGCCGCUAUCGGUAUAGGAUUGUAUUUGAAAGUUUACGAUAAAUAUAUUUCGGAAGAAUACAAAAUUAGGUAUUUGGAAGGGGAUUCGUUGUUCCGUGCUAGAAGGAAGAAGUUGUUGGAUUAUUUGUAUAAGAUGAAACACACCGUCAAUCCUUAUCUAAAUUACCAAGAACCUCUACCGAAAUUUCGAAUGUUGGAAAGCGACGACGCGUCGGCGUCGUCUUCUUGCAGCGAUAAAUCCGCUAUAUUAUAAAAUUUACGGUUUAGAUAAUAAAAUUAAAUCUAUUUACUAUUUUGAGUCCUUAUUCAAUUAAAAACGAUAAAAUUUUCAUUUCACCGUGUAUAAAGCAAACACUUUUCGUCGAACCUCGUAUAAAAUAAAAAACUAAUGAAAUAAUUUGAGGUUAGAUUAGAAUAAACCGCCGAAACAUCACGUAUUUCACGAUAAUAUAAAUAAAACGGUAAAAUAUAAAUUUCUAAUUCACCUCGUAUAUCUAUAAACGAAAAACUUUUCAUUUCACCUCGUAUAUCAAGUAUAUUUCUUGACGGACAUAAUUUAAUCAAAUCCUAGAUAUGAAAACGAAAAUACAAAAAUAAUUUACGUACUUUUUCGUCGAACCUCGUAUAGGAUAUAAAACUAAUGAAAUAAUUUGAGGUUAGAUUAGAAUAAACCGCCGAAACAUCACGUAUUUCACGAUAAUAUAAA